AUUCGAUCAAUAAAUUGCUUUCAAUUUUAAAUAACAACUGAUUGAGAGAAUUUUAAUUCUUUUUUGUAAGCGGUGGAGCUACAACACAUCAUGGUCGCUUGACCCGCUUCUUCGACUGUGAGGUUAUGUUUCACAAAACGUAACCUUAAAGUUGUUCAAGUCGCGCACGCAGAGUCACAUGCUACUUUGGCAAAAAAUAAUUAUCUAACAGAGAUCAUGGGCAAGAAAGACAAAGGAGGAGCUGGUAAUUUAGGAAAAUCCUUAAUCAGGGAUCGAUUUGGAUCGAAGAAAAUUAAGAGGAACAACAAUGAGCCGUCUAUGCUUCAUACGACUGAGAUGAAUGACGGUUACGAUUGGGGUCGACUCAACUUGCAGUCGGUUACAGAGGAGAGCUCAUUUCAAGAGUUUCUGUCUACCGCUGAACUCGCAGGGACUGAGUUUAAUGCGGAGAAAUUAAAUAUUAAAUUUGUCAAUCCGAAUAGUGGUGGCUUGCUCUCGAAGAACGAAAAGCAGAAAGUGUUGGAAACACAAGAAAGAAACAAGGGCCUCAUUAAGAUACCUAGAAGACCCAAAUGGAACAGUUGCACAAACGCCCAGGAACUGCACACUCUUGAGAAAGAGGCGUUCUUGGAAUGGAGACGCCAUUUAGCCAUGCUGCAAGAAGUCCAAGGAUUGAUAUUGACACCUUACGAGAGAAAUUUAGAGUUUUGGCGACAAUUGUGGAGAGUCAUAGAACAUAGCGAUGUGAUUGUACAAAUUGUAGAUGCACGUAAUCCAUUGCUAUUUCGCUGCGAAGAUUUGGAGCGUUAUGUUAAAGAGAUAAAUCCCGAUAAAUUAAAUAUGAUUCUUCUCAACAAGGCGGACUUGUUAACGGACGAGCAGAGAGAGGCAUGGGCAAAAUAUUUUACCGACAUAAAUGUGCAGGUGGCUUUUUUUUCAGCUACGUUAGCAGUAGAAAAACAGCGGAUACAGGAAGAGGAUGAAGAAAAAGAAGAAGAUGAUGAAGCAAGAGGUGAAAAUGACGAUGAUCAUUUUGAUAAAAAGGAUGAAGAUAGUACCGACGAGUGGAACUCGGAAUUUGCUUCAGAAUCGGAAUAUGAAAGCGCGGAGGAUAGUAUCGUUGACAGUAAUAUAUGUACUAUACCUUAUAUAGAAAGUGAUAAUAAUAAACAAAUAGAAGCUCAAUGUGCAAUGGAGAACUUAAAAAUUUCUACGACAGUCUCAGAAAAGAAAACAAAAAAAGUAGUUAAUUCAUCGAAAUUAUUAAACAGGAACGAUCUUGUGGAGUUAUUUAAAACAAUUUAUACCGAUGAUAAAACCUACACAAAUGGAGUGACAACGAUUGGUUUGGUAGGAUAUCCGAACGUUGGAAAAAGUUCCACCAUCAAUGCUCUACUCAUGGACAAAAAAGUUUCUGUGUCCGCCACACCGGGCAAAACUAAGCACUUUCAAACGUUGUAUUUAGACAAGAAUUUAUUAUUAUGUGACUGUCCAGGUUUGGUGAUGCCAAGCUUUGUUUGUACAAAAGCGGAGAUGAUCUUGAAUGGCAUACUGUCGAUCGAUCAGAUGCGAGAUCAUGUACCGGCAAUUACGUUGCUGGCUACAUUAAUACCUAGGUAUAUUCUAGAGGACCUGUAUGGCUUCAUGUUACCUGCACCACCCGAGGGAGAAGACUCGAAUCGCGUACCAACCGCAGAGGAACUUCUGAAUGCGUAUGGUUAUAAUAGAGGUUUUAUGACGCAGAAUGGUCAACCGGAUAAUCCACGUUCAGCCAGAUACAUUUUGAAAGAUUUCGUUAACGGUAGAUUGCUAUACUGCGUUGCGCCGCCGACGUUCGACCAAGAGCGCUUUCACACAUUCCCGCCGCGACGUCGCAAUAUAUCUGCGAACAGACAUGUACCACCCCGAACGAUUCGCGUAAACGAGGGAUGUCGGACAACGACCAAAGACGUGGAUCGAAAUUUCUUCCAGGACAAACAUGAUAUCAAACCUAGACCUGUAAAACUGCAAAACUCUACAAAGCACGCGGGAUCAACGGUUAGUUUGACAGAAUCGAUCGACGAUCAUUCGGACAGAAUCAAAAAACCAUGGAAAAUAGUGAAUAAACACGUUAAUAAGAAUAAACGUGAAAAGGCCCGAAGGUUAUAUGCUCAUCUUGACCAACAUUGAAUACAAAAUGUGCAAAAAAAAUCAUUGUUUUGUAUUUUUUUAAUCUAUAACAGCUAUGCGAUAUAGCUGUAUCAUUGUAUAUGUAGAUAUAUAUAUAUAUAUGUAUAACAACUCUGCAACAUUCAAAUAUACAUAUAUUCGUAUGUUGCAGAUUUAUAUUCAGAUGUAAUUGUGCAUGAUACGUGUAUAUAUAUGCUAAAAUAUUAGUGUUUUAUAUUUUA